UCACAAUUUGUAGGUAGUACAAGAACUGAAAAAUAAUUUUUGGUUGCCAGUAUACCUGUAGUCGUUGCACUGAUCAGUCGAUAGUUUUGUGAUAAAUUAUUUCUCAAGUGAAUUAAAUUAUUAACCAUGGGACGUGAUUCUAGAAAGGUUUCAAGAGAACUUCGGAGUUCUGAAAAAAUUAAUAAGUCGCGUUCAGUCAAAAGAAAGAAUGUUUUUAAUCCGAAAACAGCCGAACGUGAUGAAAGUAUUCAGAGUACAUCUUCUAAAAAAUUAAAACAAAACACUGAAGAUGAUGUACCUGAAGACAGCAGUACUGAAUUUCGAAUAAUAAAUUUUAUUCAGGUAUUCACUGCAAUUUCUGCUCUUAUAAAAUGUAAAAAAUGUGAUGGAAAUGUAGUGUUUCAAACAGCAAGUACACGUGGGCUGGGAUUCAAAAUUGUAGUUGCAUGUAAUAACUGUGGAAAUGAAUAUAUUCCUUCCUGUUCUUUCGUUGGGCAUUCUUAUGAAAUAAACAGACGUUUCAUUUUUGUAAUGAGAAUACUAGGAAUAGGAUACGAAGGAUUGUGCAAGUUUUGCGGCCUGAUGGACAUGCCGUCUUUUUUAGAUAAAUCUACGCAUACAAUUUUACUGAAACAGAUUUUGAAUUGUAGUAAAGCCGUCGCAGAAACCUUCAUGACGAAAGCUGUGAAUGAAGAAAAGCAAGCAAUGCCAACAACUGAAAAUGAAGAUAUAAAUCAUCUAACUGUAUCGGGAGAUGGAACCUGGCAAAAACGGGGAUAUACAUCGUCAUUUGGAGUUUCUUCUAUAAUUGGCUAUUUUACUGGAAAGAUUCUUGACAUAAACAUUAAAAGUGCAUAUUGUAAGCUAUGUGAGUAUUGGAAAAAAAAAACAAAUACUGUUGAGUUCGAGGAAUGGUAUCAAUCGCAUGAAGAUGUGUGUUCUGCUAAUCAUCAAGGGUCUUCUGGGAAAAUGGAGGUGGAUGCGAUGGUCGAAAUGUUUUCGUAUUCUGAAACUAAAUAUGGAGUUAAGUAUGCCAACUAUAUUGGUGAUGGUGACUCCAAGACCUAUUCAGGAAUUAUAAAAUCAGAUCCUUACGAAAAUACAACUGUAAAUAAAAAGGAAUGUAUAGGGCAUGUCCAAAAGCGGAUGGGGAGUCGAUUACGUACGCUGAAGAGUAAACAAAAAGGUCUUGGUGGUCGAGGUAAGCUCACAGGAAAAUUAAUAGACAAACUAACUGUGUACUAUGGUUUAGCAAUACGCCGGCAUUGUGAUUCUAUUGAAAAUAUGAAAUCUGCUAUAAUGGCAACCUUUUAUCACUACGGCUCGAGUGAUGAAAAACCGAAUCAUGAUAUGUGUCCAAAAGGCGAAGAAUCUUGGUGCUCUUACCAGCGCGCUGAAGCAAGAGGAGAGCUUGAUACCUUUUCUCACGAUUAUUCUCCUUUACCUUCUGAUGUUUUAAAAGCUAUCAAGCCUAUAUACGAAGAUCUUAGUAAUGAAAAUUUACUUUCAAGAUGUGUAGGUGGAUUCAAUCAGAAUAAUAAUGAAAGCUUUAACCAACUAGUAUGGAAAAUAUGCCCAAAAACGGUAAAUACUAGUUUUACCAUCGUACAAAUAGCUGCAUACGUUGCUAUGUGUAUAUUUAAUGAGGGUAUAAAUUCAUUAUUAGUCUUGAUGAAUACACUAGGACUUAAUUGUGGGCCUAAUUCUCAUCGGUAUGCAGAAAGAAUGGAUGCUGCACGUAUCAAAGUAGCAGAUAAGCGCGCUAAUGAUAACACCCGAGAAGGUCGAUUGCAACGUAGGCACCAGCAAAUCGAUAUUUUGGAAGCUGCUAUGUCGGCUGAAGAGCUAUUAUAUGGUCCAGGAAUAGAUGACUCAGUAUGAAUCUCCAAGGACUUAUGAUGAUCACCGCAAAGGACUUCGGGAGGAACGGGCUCUACAAAAACAGCGAUAACUUUUUGAAUUAUUAAUUUUUUUUUUUGAAAUUUUCGUGAAGUCAAAUCGAAACGUGUUCUAAUAAAGCUAUGUUUUUAUUUUUGUCAAAUAAAGUAAUUAACUACAAAAAAAAAAUUAUUGAAAAUCAUCAUUUUUUCAUACCCCUGAGUACCC